UUUCAACUCAUCAAAAAACUUUGCCUUCUUAGAAGUUUAUUCUCUUUAUAAUCAUCAACUAAAACUCUUCUACAUACAAAAUUAGGGUUUUUUCUUGAAUAUAUUUACUGUUUCAUUGAGGAAGCUUGUGAAAAUGGCUAGUGCAAGAGUGCUAGGAGCUGCAUUCUUGGUUUUGCUUCUUGUGGACAUUUGUUUUGCUGCUAGGGUUUCCAAAGCCAUAGGUGGAGGAGGUGGGGGAGGUAGUGGCGGUGGCGGUGGUGGUGGUGGAGGUCGUGGUUCAACACUUGGCUCUGGUUCUGGUUAUGGUUCGGGAUAUGGUUCUGGGGGUGGUGAAGGUUAUGGUGGUGCAGAAGGGUAUGGUAGGGGAGGAGGAGGUGGUGGUGGUGGUGGAGGAGGAGGUGGAGGAAGUGGUGGAGGGUCUGGUGGUUCUGGUUCUGGUUUUGGGUCUGGUAGUGGGUCUGGGUAUGGUUCUGGUUCUGGUGGUGGAAGAGGAGGUGGUGGUGGUGGAGGUGGUGGGAGAGGAGGAGGGGGCGGUGGAGGCUCCGGAAAUGGAAGUGGAAGUGGGUCAGGAUAUGGUAGUGGAAGUGGAUCUGGAUAUGGCAGUGGAGGAGGAAAAGGAGGUGGCGGUGGUGGUGGAGGAGGAGGUGGAGGUGGUGGAGGUGGUAGUGGUGGUAAUGGUUCGGGCUACGGAAGUGGGUCGGGUUAUGGGUCAGGAUAUGGAGGAGGGGGAGGAGAAGACGAUGGAUAUCCAUAAGCAAUAUUUGGUAUUUAGGCAGUAAAUUGGCAUUUUGUAAGUUGGGAGAUAAAAUGAUUUGCAAUUUAAUUAUGCAAGUACGGUAUUUAGUACUUGACCUAAAAUUAAUCAUUGUUAUUAUUGUCACCAUGUAAUUUCAUAUAUUCCAUAAUCAAUUAAUAAAGUUAUAAGAAUAUUUUUAGCA